AUAACACCUUUUCCUCUCUUCUACUUUCUUCCCCCCCUUCUUUCCACUUUCUCUUUGCACUCUCCUUUUCGUACCAAUCCCAUUUCUUCUUUGAUUGUUUGAUUGCUUUCUUCCCAUGGAGAAUGGGUAUUUUCUCAACGGCGGAGCUCCGGCGCCAUUUCCAUGCACAGCUUCCAGCUGGAAAACUUCACCGGAAUCCCAAUUGAACCGGCCUUGGGACGAUUCUCUCUACCAUUACACCCAAUUCGAUUCCUCCCCUGCGGCAUCCGCCUUCGCAAUACGCGAACUGAUCGGAGAUCUCGGCAACAUUUGCACCCCGUCUCCGCCGCCGCUAGCGGCCGCGGCCGGCUCUUACUCCGGGAACAGUGAGGUCACCAUUAACGCUUCGUGCUAUACCGCGCCCCUCAAUUCAUUUCCCCUUAACACGCCUAACCCGCAUGCUCUCCUCGCCGACCCCGGCUUCGCAGAGAGAGCGGCGAGAUUUUCUAAUUUCGGGAGCCGAAGUUUCAAUGGCAGAAAAAGCCAGUUGGCUUUAAACGGUAACUCCAAAUUUCCGUACAGAUCCACCGCGAUAUCUAGGGUUUCCAGUAGCCCUGCUCUCGAAUUCCCGCUGCAAAACCAGAAAUCCGGAGCUCCGGCAAAUUCAAACGAGGCCUCAUCUGUUUCCGAGCAGGUGGCCAGCGGGUCGAUUAGCCAGGGUGACAUGAAUCUUAGGAAGAGGAAAUCAGCUGCACGAGGAAGGUCCAUGGAAGACACUACUAAUGGCGGGAAGGGAUUUGAAACGGAUCACAAUUCGAGCCCGAAGCGAUCCAAGUUGACAGAUGAUGUUACAGAGGAUUAUAACAGUGAGAAGCAAUCCAAGGCAAACCAAAAGCCCCCAGAGGCACCAAAGGAUUACAUCCAUGUUAGAGCUAGAAGGGGUCAAGCCACUGACAGCCAUAGUCUUGCAGAAAGAGUAAGAAGAGAAAAGAUUAGCGAAAGGAUGAAGCUUCUGCAGGAUCUUGUUCCAGGCUGUAACAAGGUAACCGGAAAAGCACUCAUGCUGGAUGAAAUUAUAAACUAUGUUCAGUCCUUGCAAAGACAAGUUGAGUUCCUGUCUAUGAAGUUAGCAUCGGUAAACCCAAGUCUGGAUUUUAGCAAUGACAAAAACAUGCCAAUGGAUAUAUGUCAUCCUUUGGACUCCCCUUCCUCUUCCUCCUUGCCACCAAACUUCCAUAUUCUGCAUCACCACAUGCAACCUCCACAACAACACAACAAUGUUUCCACUGUGGGCCCGUUGGAGAGCUCACCGUGCCACGUCAUGGGAAUGCAGUUACCUCUGUUGGAUGGAUUUGGUGAAGCUCCUAGUCAGUUCCCUUCUACUUGUGAUGGUGAAUUGCAAAGCGUUGUCCAAAUGGGACUAAACCAAACCUCCCCGCCCGAAAGGAUAUGUUGACAUAGCUGCGCCGGGUAAUUUAGGAUUCGGCUGGUUCUUUGGUUGAUGAUAGACGGUCAUCAACGUUCAUUUGAUUGGUUGGAAGGGAAGGGGGAGAAGAGGCUAAUGUAGAUAGGAAUUAGGGAGAUGAUUUUUACAAGUGAAAUGUGGUUCAAUAAAUGCUAAUCCCCAAUUUCCUCCCAUGUAUCAAUAUAUUCUUAAUUAAAUGGAGUAGUAAUUGAUGUUUGCACCAGAUAUUUUUCUCUGGGUGUAGUACAUAUAUGCAGCUUCUACUACUGUGUAUU